CGCAAAGGCCCCACGUGUUCCGACCCGCUAGGCCCCGCGCGGCUCGGAUCCGGCGGCGCUAUUUCGGUCGGGAGUGGGUGGGAGAGAAGCCGGGGCAGGGGAGGAGCCGCUGGAGCUGUCGGAGCCGUGACACCCAGGGCAGCUACACUCAGAAGUCACAAGGAAUGCUAGUGGAGCCCCUCAUCCCUCCCAGCUUCUCUUCCAAGCUGCCCGGUGGGGCUUGAUCCAGGAAGCUACUUCAGAAAGCUAUACCCUUUUUGUACUCUGUGUAUAUACUAUAUUGCAGUAGACAAUCAUUCCAAGGGUACAACAAGGUUUACUACAAUGUGAGGGACUCAGCCAUUGCAAAUUGUACAGAUGAGGGCCCUUGGCAGAAAAUCCUCACUGUGUCCAGGCUGAGGCUGGGGUCUAAUGACAGUGUGAGCUCUAGAUGGUGUGAGACCACCCCAAAGCCAAGAAAUGGCUACAGCCGUGGAACCAGAGGACCAGGAUCUUUGGGAAGAAGAGGGAAUUCUGAUGGUGAAACUGGAAGAUGAUUUCACCUGUAGGCCAGAGUCUGUCUUACAGAGGGAUGACCCAGUGCUGGAGACCUCCCACCAGAACUUCCGGCGCUUCCGCUAUCAGGAAGCCGCAAGCCCUAGAGAAGCUCUCAUCAGACUCCGAGAACUUUGUCACCAGUGGCUGAGACCAGAGAGGCGGACAAAGGAGCAGAUUCUAGAGCUGCUUGUACUGGAACAAUUUCUUACCGUCCUGCCCGGAGAACUACAGAGCUGGGUGCGGGGCCAACGGCCAGAAAGUGGCGAGGAGGCGGUGACGCUGGUGGAGGGUUUGCAGAAACAACCCAGGAGACCAAGGCGGUGGGUGACUGUCCAUGUUCACGGCCAGGAAGUCCUGUCAGAGGAGACGGUGCAUUUAGGAGCGGAGCCUGAGUCACCUAGUGAGCUACAGGAUCCUGUGCAAAGCUCGACCCCCCGGCAGUCUCCUGAGGAAACCACACAGAGCCCAGAUCGGGGGGCACCGGCAGAGCAGCGUCCACAGCAGGAAGAGGAGCUCCAGUCCCUGCAGGAGAGCGAGGUCCCAGUGCCCCAGGAGCCAGACCUUCCCGCAGAGAGGAGCUCUGGAGACUCAGAGAUGGUAGCUCUUCUUACUGCUCUAUCACAGGGACUGGUAACGUUCAAGGAUGUGGCCGUAUGCUUUUCCCAGGACCAGUGGAGUGAUCUGGACCCAACACAGAAAGAGUUCUAUGGAGAAUAUGUCUUGGAAGAAGAUUGUGGAAUUGUAGUCUCUCUGUCAUUUCCAAUCCCCAGACCUGAUGAGAUCUCCCAGGUUAGAGAGGAAGAGCCUUGGGUCCCAGAUAUCCAAGAGCCUCAAGAGACUCAAGAGCCAGAAAUCCUGAGUUUUACCUACACAGGAGAUAGGAGUAAAGAUGAGGAAGAGUGUCCGGAGCAGGAAGAUCUGAGUUUGGAGGAUAUACACAGGCCUAUUUUGGGAGAACCAGAAAUUCACCAGACUCCAGAUUGGGAAAUAGUCUUCGAGGACAAUCCAGGUGGACUUAAUGAAAGACAAUUUGGUACAAAUAUUUCUCAAGUGAAUAGUUUUGUGAACCUUCGGGAAACUACGCCCAUCCAGCCCCUGUUAGGGAGGCAUCAUGACUGUUCUGUGUGUGGAAAGAGCUUCACUUGUAACUCCCAUCUUGUUAGACACCUGAGGACUCACACGGGAGAGAAACCCUAUAAAUGCAUGGAGUGUGGAAAAAGUUACACACGAAGCUCACAUCUUGCCAGGCACCAAAAGGUUCAUAAGAUGAACGCGCCUUAUAAAUACCCCCUAAACCGGAAGAAUUUAGAAGAGACCUCCCCUUUGACCCAGGCCGAGAGAACUCCAUCUGUGGAGAAGCCCUAUAGAUGUGAUGAUUGUGGAAAGCACUUCCGCUGGACUUCAGACCUUGUCAGGCAUCAGAGGACACAUACAGGAGAAAAACCCUUCUUUUGUACUAUUUGUGGCAAAAGCUUCAGCCAGAAAUCUGUGUUAACAACACACCAAAGAAUCCACCUGGGAGGCAAACCCUACUUGUGUGGAGAGUGUGGCGAGGACUUCAGUGAACACAGGCGGUACCUGGCGCACCGGAAGACGCACGCUGCCGAAGAGCUCUACCUCUGCAGCGAGUGCGGGCGCUGCUUCACCCACAGCGCAGCGUUCGCCAAGCACUUGAGAGGACAUGCCUCAGUGAGGCCCUGCCGAUGCAACGAAUGUGGGAAGAGCUUCAGUCGCAGAGACCACCUCGUCAGGCAUCAGAGAACACACACUGGGGAGAAACCAUUCACGUGCCCUACCUGUGGAAAAAGCUUCAGUAGAGGAUAUCACUUAAUUAGACAUCAGAGGACCCACUCAGAAAAGACCUCCUAGCUAGGUCCCCAUGUGAGGAGAUCUGCUUUCAGCCCUCAUCUGAGGGAGGUGAGGAAUAGGAAAAGCCCUCUUGUCAGCCUGGGAAGACCUUUUCAAGGGAGUCUCCCUGACCUGCCCAGAUCUGACAUCACCUCUUCCUGCAAACUAAAUACAAGCCUGGGCAGAACCUCUCCGUCGUCUUCUACACCUUGAGGAGAUGUUUCAUCCAAAGUACAACCUGAAUUGAGGCUUCUCCUUUACUGGAGUGCGCCUGCCUCUACCUCAUGGGUAUACAGUAGGAGAAUUAAGAGACUUAAGAGGUUGUGGUUACUGUAUCGUCCAAAAAAUAGGCUGUUACAUAUCCUAAAGACUGCUCAACAGCUUCAGGUUGAAAGUGGCCAAGGACAGCCCCUUAGGUUUGGGAAGGGACCAGCCUGAAGGAUUCUGUCUUUAGUGGGGUCAAAUCUUAAAGCACACAGCUCUGAACUCAAGACAGGAGAUUUGCGUCCUCAUGGCUUUGCCACAUAUUCACAGGAUAACUGUAUAAAUCCCUCGCUGUCUGAUUCACUUCUUACCAUGCACUUUCCUUUGAUGCUGAGGAGAAAGGGAAGUGGGCGAAAAAUCUCAAGGCUGCUUCAUGUGGACCUUGUCAAGCUGCUCCCUCCCCCAAUGUCAAAUUUUGUUAUCAGGUGCCAAACUGCUAGAAAGGAGGGCCUAGUCAGAAGCCUCUUUCCAUACGAGUUCUGGUUUUGUUUUUAAUAUUUUUUUCUAUUAAAAUACUCAUGCAUUUAACCUUCCCAUUAUUCAGCCAGUCUCUUGGUUUCGUCCCUAGCACUUCUACUGCAAGUGAGGUGGUAGCGUUUGAGUACUUAUUGAGUAAAGCAUAUUCAGUCGUAAUGAAAUCAUUCACAUUUCCUCAUAUGCACAAGCCCACCAACCCCUUCACACCCCCAUCACAGGGGCGGUGUGAGUAAGGGGAUUUGGGAACAGUGUCAAGUUACAAAGGCACUGUAACAAUUACAGAAUCAUGAUUGCCAUGGGCCACUUUAUUUACAUGAAGACAACUGGAAAACGGCUAAGACCAAAUUAUGGAAAAUAAGAAAAAGCUGUUGCUGGCAAGACCAUCAAAACUAUUCUCCUGACACCCUGUUCCCAUCAUCCCUGACUGAGUACUCUGACGUCACGGAAAGUGUUGAACCUGGGACCCCGAGGAAUUCACCAGGAGUAAAUGGCUUUCAUGUAUUUGUGUUGUUUGCUUUUUCUUACGUGAUUUUAUGUUCCUAUAACUAAGAACUAAAAAGUAGCAUCUCAUAAUGGCCCAAGGAUCUCUGUUGCGGUUAAAGGUUCCUUGGAGAUGAGGCUGAAUAAUUGUGAACCUCACCUGCUCUGAUUGUGGGAGUGGCAAGAACUGGGGAGACAUCCUCCUUAAGUGGAGCACAGGGUAUGGGGUUAAAGCAUGAGAGGGAGAGUCUUCUGUGCCUGGUUUCUUCUCCUCUAUCUCAUAAUGCAUUAUGGGCCAGAGGAAUAGGGGAGGGUUAAUAAGACUCCAAUCCUAAUGGCCCAACAGGGAAAUUCUCAUUUUGGUCAAUGAUUCUGAUGGACUGGUUUGGUUUUAAUACCAGGCAACCGUUGUCCUUCUGGAAAUAUAUAUAUGAAAUAAAUAAAGGUAACACUUGCAGCCAA